AUGUUCUGUGCCUAUUUUCUAUAUCCCCUCCCCCGACAGAUUAUCUCUGUUUCUACGGUUCUAUCACCCUCUUUCCCCAACAGAUUAUCUCUGUUCCUACGGUUCUAUCACCCCCUUUCCCAAACAGAUUAUCUCUGUUCCUACGGUUCUAUCACCCUCUUUCCUCAACAGAUUAUCUCUGUUCCUACGGUUCUAUCACCCCCUUUCCCAAACAGAUUAUCUCUGUUCCUACGGUUCUAUCACCCCUCCCCCAACAGAUUCUCUGUUCCUACGGUUCUAUUCCCCAACAGAUUAUCUCUGUUCCUACGGUUCUAUUCCCCAAAAUAUUAUCUCUGCUCCUAUGGUUCUAUAACCCCUUUCUCCAACAGAUUAUCUCUGUUCCUACGGUUCUAUCACCCCUCCCCAAACGAUUAUCGCUGUUCCUACGGUUCUAUCACCCCCUCCCCAACAGAUUAUCUCUGUUCCUACGGUUCUAUCACCCCUCCCCCAACAGAUUAUCUCCGUUCAUUCGGUUCUAUCACCCCUCCCCCAACAGAUUAUCUCUGUUCCUACGGUUCUAUUCCCCAACAGAUUAUCUCUGUUCCUACGGUUCUAUUCCCCAACAGAUUAUCUCUGCUCCUAUGGUUCUAUAACCCCUUUCUCCAACAGAUUAUCUCUGUUCCUACGGUUAUAUCACCCCCUCCCCAACAGAUUCCCUGUUUCUACGGUUCUAUCACCCCCCCUUUCCCCAACAGAUUAUCUCUGUUCCUACAGUUCUAUCACCCCCUCCCGACAGAUUAUCUCUGUUUCUACGGUUCUAUCACCCUCUUUCCCCAACAGUUUAUCUCUGUUCCUACGGUUCUAUCACCCUCUUUCCCCAACAGAUUAUCUCUGUUCCUACGGUUCUAUCACCCCCUCCCCAACAGAUUAUCUCUGUUCCUACGGUUCUAUCACCCUCUUUCCCCAACAGAUUAUCUCUGUUCCUACGGUUCUAUCACCCUCUUUCCCCAACAGAUUAUCUCUGUUCCUACGGUUCUAUUCCCCAACAGAUUAUUUCUGUUUCUACGGUUCUAUUCCCCAACAGAUUAUCUCUGUUCCUACAGUUCUAUCACCCUCUUUCCCCAACAGAUUAUCUCUGUUCCUACGGUUCUAUCACCCCCUCCCCAACAGAUUCUCUGUUUCUACGGUUCUAUCACCCCACAACCCCAACAGUUUAUCUCUGUUCCUACGGUUCUAUCACCCCCUUUCUCCAACAGAUUAUCUCUGUUCCUACGGUUCUAUCAACCCCUCCCCCAACAGAUUACCUCUGUUCCUACGGUUCUAUUCCCCAACAGAUUAUCUCUGUUCCUACGGUUCUAUUCCCCAACAGAUUACCUCUGUUCCUACGGUUCUAUCACCCCCUUUCCCGAACAGAUUAUCUCUGUUCCUACGGUUCUAUCACCCCCUUCCCCAACAGAUUAUCUCUACUUCUACGGUUCUAUCACCCCCUUUCCCCAACAGAUUAUCUCUGUUCCUACGGUUCUACCACCCCCCUUUCUCCAACAGAUUACCUCUGUUCCUAAUUUUCUAUCAUCCCCUCCCCAACAGAUUAUCUCUGUUCCUUCGGUUCUAUCACCCCUUCCAAACAAAUUAUCUCUGUUCCUACGGUUCUAUUCCCCAACAGAUUAUCUCUCUUCCUACGGUUCUAUUCCCCAACAGAUUAUCUCUACUCCUACGGUUCUAUCACCCCCUUCCCCAACAGAUUAUCUCUACUUCUACGGUUCUAUAACCCCCUCCUCAACAUAUUCCCUGUUUCUACGGUUCUAUCACCUUCUUUCCCCAACAGAUUAUCUCUAUCACCCCCUUUCUCCAACAGAUUAUCUCUGUUCCUACGGUUCUAUCAACCCCUCCCCCAACAGAUUACCUCUGUUCCUACGGUUCUAUUCCCCAACAGAUUAUCUCUGUUCCUACGGUUCUAUUCCCCAACAGAUUACCUCUGUUCCUACGGUUCUAUCACCCCCUUUCCCGAACAGAUUAUCUCUGUUCCUACGGUUCUAUCACCCCCUUCCCCAACAGAUUAUCUCUACUUCUACGGUUCUAUCACCCCCUUUCCCCAACAGAUUAUCUCUGUUCCUACGGUUCUACCACCCCCCUUUCUCCAACAGAUUACCUCUGUUCCUAAUUUUCUAUCAUCCCCUCCCCAACAGAUUAUCUCUGUUCCUUCGGUUCUAUCACCCCUUCCAAACAAAUUAUCUCUGUUCCUACGGUUCUAUUCCCCAACAGAUUAUCUCUACUCCUACGGUUCUAUCACCCCCUUCCCCAACAGAUUAUCUCUACUUCUACGGUUCUAUAACCCCCUCCUCAACAUAUUCCCUGUUUCUACGGUUCUAUCACCUUCUUUCCCCAACAGAUUAUCUCUGUUCCUACGGUUCUAUCACCCUCUUUUCCCAACAGAUUCUCUGUUCCUACGGUUCUAUCACCCCUUUCCCCAACAGAUUACCUCUGUUCCUACGGUUCUAUCACCCCCUUUCCCAAACAGAUUAUCUCUGUUCCUACGGUUCUAUCACCCCCUUCCCCAACAGAUUAUCUCUACUUCUACGGUUCUAUAACCCCCUCCUCAACAUAUUCCCUGUUUCUACGGUUCUAUCACCUUCUUUCCCCAACAGAUUAUGUCUGCUCCUACGGUUCUAUCACCCCCUUCCCCAACAGAUUAUCUCUACUUCUACGGUUCUAUAACCCCCUCCAAAACAUAUUCCCUGUUUCUACGGUUCUAUCACUCCCCUUUCCCCAACAGAUUAUCUCUGUUCCUACGGUUCUAUUCCCCAAAAGAUUAUCUCUGCUCCUAUGGUUCUAUAACCCCUUUCUCCAACAGAUUAUCUCUGUUCCUACGGUUCUAUCACCCCCUCCCCAAAAGAUUAUCUCUGUUCCUACGGUUCUAUCACCCCUUUCUCCAACAGAUUAUCUCUUUUCCUACGGUUCUAUCACCCCUUUCUCCAACAGAUUAUCUGUGUUCCUACAGUUCUAUCACCCCCUCCCCAACAGAUUAUCUUUGUUCCUACGGUUCUAUCACCCUCUUUUCCCAACAGAUUAUCUCUGUUCCUACGGUUCUAUCAUCCCCUUCCACAAAAGAUUAUCUCUACUUCUACGGUUCUAUAACCCCUCCCCCAACAGAUUAUCUCUGUUCCUACGGUUCUAUUCCCCAACAGAUUAUCUCUGUUCCUACGGUUCUAUUCCCCCCUUCCCCAACAGAUUAUCUCUACUUCUACGGUUCUAUCACCCCCUCCCCAACAGAUUCCCUGUUUCUACGGUUCUAUUACCCCCCUUUCCCCAACAGAUUAUCUCUUUUCCUACAGUUCUAUAUCCCCUCCCCCAACAGAUUAUUUCUGUUCCUACAGUUCAAUCACCCCCUCCUGACAGAUUAUCUCUGUGUCUACGGUUCUAUCACCCUCUUUCCCCAACAGAUUAUCUCUGUUCCUACGGUUCUAUCAACCCCUUUCCCCAAAAGAUUAUCUCUGUUCCUACGGUUCUAUUCCCCAACAGAUUAUCUCUGCUCCUAUGGUUCUAUAACCCCUUUCUCCAACAGAUUAUCUCUGUUCCUACGGUUCUAUCACCCCUCAAACCCAACAGAUUAUCUCUGUUCCUACAGUUCUAUCACCCCCUCCCCGACAGAUUAUCUCUGUUCCAUCACCCCUUUCUCCAACAGAUUAUCUCUGUUCCUACGGUUCUAUCACCCCCUCCCCAACAGAUUAUCUCUGUUCCUACGGUUCUAUCACCCCUCCCCCAACAGAUUAUCUGUUCCUAUGGUUCUAUUCCACAACAGAUUAUCUUUGUUCUUACGGUUCUAUUCCCCAACAGAUUAUCUCUGUUCCUACGGUUCUAUCACCCCUUUCCCCAACAGAUUACCUCUGUUCCUACUGUUCUAUCACCCCCUUUCCCGAACAGAUUAUCUCUGUUCCUACGGUUCUACCACCCCCCUUUCUCCAACAGAUUAUCUCUGUUCCUAAGAUUCUAUUCCCCGAAAGAUUAUCUAUGUUCCUUCAGUUCUAUCACCCCCUUCCCCAACAGAUUAUCUCUACUUCUACGGUUCUAUCACCCCCUCCCCAACAGAUUCCCUGUUUCUACGGUUCUAUCACCCUCUUUCCUAAACAGAUUAUCUCUGUUCCUACGGUUCUAUCACCCUCUUUCCCCAACAGAUUAUCUCUGUUCCUACGGUUCUAUUCCCCAACAGAUUAUCUCUGUUCCUACGGUUCUAUUCCACAAAAGAUUAUCUCUGCUCCUAUGGUUCUAUAACCCCUUUCUCCAACAGAUUAUCUCUGUUCCUACGGUUCUAUCACCCCCUUUCCCCAACAGAUUAUCUCUGUUCCUACAGUUCUAUCACCCCCCUUUCCCCAACAGAUUAUCUCUGUUCCUACAGUUCUAUCACCCCCCUUUCCCCAACAGAUUAUCUCUGUUCCUACGGUUCUAUCACCCCUUUCUCCAACAGAUUAUCUCUGUUCCUACAGUUCUAUCAUCCCCCUUUCUCCAACAGAUUAUCUCUGUUUCUACAGUUCUAUCAUCCUCUUUCCCCAACAGAUUAUCUCUGUUCCUACGGUUCUAUCACCCCUCUUUUGCCAACAGAUUAUCACUUAUGUCAGACAGACGAAACCGAGUUAGUCUUUACAUAGUGAAGUUGCACUGUCAUUGUCACAUAAUAAUAAUUAUAAGCCUUUUGGACUGUUUGCACCUGUGAAAUAAAACAAUUCCUUCCAUUAUACUUUCUGAGAUAAAGUUAGGAUUUAAAUACUGGUUGUCCACAUAGGAGACCAAACACACAAAAAAAAUGUGCAAUAUAAUUAUUUCUAAAACAGACCAGUCAUUUCUUUGCUGUUGAUCACUAAGCCAAGGCAUUACAACUACCAGAUUUGCUAUUACAAAGCGGUCAGUUAAAAACCUACAACUUUGUUGGUUAAGCAAAUUCCCCUUUAGGGCUAACUUCCUGAUAGAAACAUCAGUUACACACCUACAACUGUGUUGUUUAAACAAAUUCCACUUUAGGGCUAACUUCCUGAUAGAAACGUCAGUUACACACCUACAACUGUGUUGUUUAAACAAAUUCCACUUUAGGGCUAACUUCCUGAUAGAAACAUCAGUUACACACCUACAACUGUGUUGUUUAAACAAAUUCCACUUUAGGGCUAACUUCCUGAUAGAAACGUCACACACACAUUUAGCCUAUCAAGUAUCAACACAAGAUUGCAGUUGAACAACGAUGUCUAUAUCUUUCUUAUUCAAUGUCAUGGUUGUAGGUGUAAAAUACCAAUUAGCAACAGUAGGCCUAUAUUUUCCGACCAACAUUUUUUUAAUUUAAUUUUUUUUAACUCUCAGCAUGUGAGGGCACUUAAUAGGUGAACCAACCUACUGUAAAUAAAAUCAUAGCCAGAACACUGUCACUUCAUCGUAGUGGAAAAGUGCCUCUAAUUUACUGAGUCAUACCAGGGGGAAUUUGUUUAACCUAACAUGAAAGACUAGUCAGUCUAGUCGUUCAGCUGUCAGUCAUAUCAAUAAAUCAGUAGUACAACAUCUGAAAGCUUAGGCAGGCAAGGCAGUAUAACAAACCCCAAAAUGCAUAGUGGAUAUCAUUCAAAAAAGUUGAAAAUACAAAAAGAGUACAAAACAUUAGGAACACUUUGCCCUCAGAACAGCCUCAAUUCUUCAGGGCACGAUGGACUCUACAAGGUGUUGAAAGCGUUCCACAGGGAUGCUGGCCC